CCGCCCUGCAAAGCCUCCUCACUCUCUAAUUUGCUAGCAUCCCGCUCGCUGCCCAGCCUUCAUUCAAACUUCAGCCGACAGAAACAUGAGCUUCGGAGGCAACGUUGAAGGCUACUUGCUCAAGAUUGAGGGCGAUGAAGCGCGUAUCGUGUACUGCAUCCUCGACGAGGGCAUGUUGCAGUACUUCUCACGCAUGGGCGGCGAGCUACUGGGAGCUAUCGCCUUGUCAGGCUGCAAGGUUGACGUGUUCCUACUUCCUUCCUCGGACGAGAUCGGUCAAGUGCCCAACCAAUUUCGUGUCGACGCCCAACCACGAACUCCGUCCGUUCGCCGACGUGGUGCCCGGCAGCCCGUGGAUGCAGACAAGCUGGUGUCGAUGACUUUUGCAGGAUCAACGCGUGAAGUCUCCGACCAGUGGGCCGUCUCCAUCCUCAACUGGAAUCGCUACAGUUGGGAAGACGGUCAAAUGGUUUGCAGCUCCAAGAACGAGUAUCACAACCUUCAGAGCAUCAUUGGGCUGAGCGACUUGAGGACGGACAAGACCACUGAGGACCCUGUUGUGCCGGUUGGAGUGAGCCCAGCAGUGCUGCCACUGUAACUAUAAGCUAGCAUAGGUAGAGCUUCCCCGUUGUGUUUUUUUUUUUCGUUCAAUAGACUGAGUGAAGUGAGUAAAGUGACGUUUGCCUUGCUGACAAGUUACAAGUUGCAACACUGCUAUUAUCAU